UUUUGGUGCCGAAAAAUCAUUCUUUACCAAAAAAAAUCACUAAAGAAUGGCAAAUCGCACAGUAAAGGAAGCAAAAAACCUUCACGGGACAAAUCCGCAGUACCUCGUUGAGAAAAUCAUCCGUUCCCGCAUCUACGACUGCCAAUAUUGGAAGGAGCAAUGUUUUGCCUUGACCGCGGAGCUCUUGGUCGAUAAAGCGAUGGAAUUGCGUUACAUUGGCGGCGUCUACGGCGGAAAUAUCAAACCGACGCCUUUUUUGUGUUUAGUUCUAAAGAUGCUCCAAAUCCAACCGGAAAAAGAUAUCAUCAUCGAAUUCAUCAAAAAUGAGGAUUUAAAGUACGUGCGAGUUUUGGGAGCUUAUUACCUCCGUCUCACGGGCUCCGCAAUCGAUUGUUACAAAUAUCUCGAGCCCCUGUACAACGACAAUCGAAAACUUCGACGACAAAAUCGCGCCGGGCAAUUUGAACUCAUUCACAUGGACGAAUUCAUUGACGAACUGCUGCGCGAGGAACGCGUUUGCGAUAUCAUUCUUCCUCGCAUCCAAAAACGCCACGUUUUGGAAGAAAAUAACGAUUUACCGCCAAAAGUCUCGGCAUUAGAUCUCGACGACGACAUGGAAGAGGAAGAUUACGAAUCAUCGGACACGGAAGUCGUCGAAAUGACGAAAAAAAUCGAAAAAUUGGAGAAAAAAUCGAAAAAGGAGAAGAAAAAACGAAGUCGCAGUCGCAGCAGAAGUCGAAGCAGGUCGAGAUCCCGCUCAGAUUCACGCGAAAGACGCCAUCGGCACAAAGAAAAGGAACGAAAACGCGAAAAACGGCGUCAUGAGGACCGUGGGGAGCGACAUAGGGAACGAGAAGACGAAAGAGAUUACCGCAGAAGGGACGAACGGGAGUACGAAAGACGUCGGAGCCCAAAAAUGUAUGAUAGAAGAGGCUCUCCUGAUAGAAGAUAUUCGAAACAUUACGACGAUAGACAUAGUAGACGAUCUCCGGAGCGUCAUUCGGACCGUAAAAGACGGUAUUAGUGAGUAAUUUACUUUAUUGACUUCUAAAAAUUAAUUAAAAAUAAAAAAUAAUUCAAAAUAUUCGAACUUUUAAUACUUAAUUCUAAUUU